AUGACUGAUUAUCAAAAGGAAAAGGGUGCAAUAGUUGUAUUCCACACUAAGUAUCUUGUUAAUCUUGAGUUCAAGUCUUGGACCAAAAUGAGCACAUUGAAUUACAAAUGCCAGGUGUUGGCCAUGAAACCUUUCGGCCAAAACCAAGGGCUUGUUAUUCCACCUCAAGUUCACAAUCCUGGGCAGCAACAUUCAAUUCCUAUGGCCAAUCAACCCCAGGCACGCCAGCAGCUUAUUCAAAAUAAUAUUGCAUCUCAAUCAUCGAGUUUAACCCAGAAUCCAAUCCAAAAUGUUGGCCAGAAUAAUCCCAACAUGCAGAAUUUAUCUGGACAGAAUUCAGUGGGGAGCACCAUUAGCCAGAACUCCAACAUGCAAAAUAUGUUGGCUGGUUCCCAGAGACAAAUUCACGCAAGGCAGCAGCAGACUCCCAUGAUGCAGACAUCUCUACCUAGCAUUCAGCACAAUCAACAAUCAAAUAAUGUUCAACAGUCAACACAGUCCAUGCUUCAGCAACACUCCCAAGUUAUCAGGCAACAGCAACCACAACAGACUUCAAUCAUUCAUCAGCAACAAACUCCAAUGACUCAACAGUCAAUAUUACCUCCACAACAGCAACAGCUUAUGGGGGCACAGGGAAAUGCAACAAACAUGCAGCAUUCCCAAAUACAUGGGACACAAAAUAAUGUUGGUGAUUUGCAGCAACCACAGAGGUUACUUUCACAGCAGAAUAAUCUUUCCAACCUGCAACAGCAACAGUUAAUAAAUCAGCAAAACAACCUAGCGAAUAUGCAUCAACAGUUGAGUAAUAAUGUUUCUGGGUUACAGCAACAGCAGGUCCUGGGACCUCAAUCUGGCAACUCAGGCAUGCAAACAAGCCAGCACUCUGCACACGUGCUACAGCAAUCACAGGUUCCAAUUCAACAACAAUCGCAGCAAAAUGCAUCAAAUUUGUUACCAUCAACACAGCAGUCACAGUCUCAGGCUACACAGCAGCAAUUGAUGCCACAGAUUCAAUCUCAGCCUGCACAAUUGCAACAGCAGUUAGGUUUGCAACAGCAGCCAAAUUCCUUGCAACGAGAUAUGCAACAAAGGCUUCAGGCCUCAGGUCCGUUGCUUCAACAAUCAAGUGUUCUUGAUCAACAAAAACAGUCGUCAAACUACUACCUUGGGUCAUUUAGGAGAUGGCUUGACCUGUACACUCUGGGGUCAGCAGCGCAGAAAUUAGACCCAGUCUCUCUAGUUCAGAUUAUACAGGGGUUUCGCAAAUUGUUAUUUAAGAUCUGUGUAUUACCUGGGUUGGGUUUGAUUUUGUCAGCAGGUAAGAUGCAAAACCCAUCGCAGGAUUACUGGGAUUGCUGGAUCCCAGUAAUUCAACGUGCUUUCCCGCAUUAUCUCAGUAGGAUGAGUUUUCUUUUGGAUCAGGAUACCCCAUCUCACAAACAUGUAGAAUUAGAAUCAUCUUAUGAUUCUACGAAUCUACAUGUAGGAGUUCUAUUUGGACAGCCUUGGAUAAAUCUCAAUUUGUCAUCAGCCUUGUCAAACAAUUGCAAAGAAAAUGAAAAAUUGGUCCAUACAGCUUCUCUGGAUUCGACGGCACAGACUGGACAGUCAAGUGGGGGUGACUGGCAAGAAGAAGUGUAUCAAAAGAUUAAAUCCAUGAAAGAAAAUUACUUGCCAGAGUUGAAUGAAAUGUACCAAAAGAUUGCUUCUAAACUUCAACAGCAUGAUUCUCUUCCACAACAACCAAAGUCAGACCAGCUUGAUAAACUAAAGGUAUUUAAAAUGAUGCUGGAACGAAUUAUAACAUUCCUUCAGGUUUCCAAGAGCAGCAUCUUACCUAAUUACAAGGAGAAACUGGGUUCCUAUGAGAAGCAGAUUAUAAAUUUUAUAAAUACAAAUAGACCUAGGAAAAACAUGCCUGGACAGCUUCCCCCACCACAUAUGCAUUCCAUGUCGCAGUCACAGCCCCAAGUUAAUCAAGUGCAGUCUCAUGAAAAUCAAAUGAACUCUCAGUUGCAAACAACAAAUAUGCAAGGUUCUGUAGCAACAAUGCAGCAGAACAACAUGGGAAACAUGCAGCAUAAUUCUCUGUCUGGUGUAUCUACAGGACAACAGAGUAAGAUGAAUUCAAUGCAACCAAAUACCAAUUUAGAUUCAGGACCAGGAAAUACUGUAAACUCCCUGCAACAGGUUUCAGUGAGCUCACUCCAACAAAACCCUGUUAGCACUCCUCAACAAAAUAAUGUUAACUCCUUAUCUUCAACGACUGGGGUUAAUGUAAUCCAACCAAAUCUUAAUUCCCUUCAGCAAGGUUCUAGCAUGCUUCAACACCAGCAACUAAAACAACAGGAACAACAGAUGUUACAGAAUCAACAGUUUAAACAACAAUAUCAGCGUCAAUUGAUGCAGAGAAAACAACAACAGAUCAUGCAACAGCAGCAGCAGUUACACCAGACAGCAAAGCAACAGCUUCCUGCACAAUUGCCGACACAUCAAAUGCAACAACUUCACCAAAUGAAUGAUGCGAAUGACAUAAAAAUGAGGCAAGGAAUUGGGGUUAAGACAGGGGUCUUUCAGCAACAUCUUACAUCCAGUCAACGCUCAGCUUAUCCUCAUCAACAGAUGAAAGGGACCCCUUUUCCUGUUUCUUCUCCCCAACUCCUUCAGGCCACAUCUCCUCAGAUUCCACAACACUCAUCUCCCCAGGUUGAUCAACAAAACCACCUUCCAUCUCUAACAAAAGUUGCUACCCCUCUGCAAUCUGCUAACUCACCUUUUGUAGUACCCACUCCCUCACCUCCCUUGGCUCCAUCUCCUAUGCCUGGGGAGUCUGAAAAGCCCAUUUCUGGUGUUUCAUUGAUAUCAAAUGCUGCAAAUAUUGGAUAUCAACAACCAGGGGGUGCAACAGCACCUGCUCAAUCCCUGGCCAUUGGAACACCUGGAAUAUCAGCCUCUCCUUUACUUGCAGAGUUCACUGGUCCUGAUGGUGCACAUGGUAAUGCUUUAGUAUCCACAUCUGGAAAGUCAACUGUUACUGAGCAGCCUAUUGAGCGUCUAAUUAAAGUGGUGAAAUCAAUGUCGUCAAAAGCAUUAUGUUCUGCUGUCAGUGAUAUAGGUUCAGUUGUGAGCAUGAACGAUAGGAUAGCAGGAUCUGCUCCAGGUAAUGGAUCUAGAGCUGCCGUGGGUGAAGAUUUGGUUGCUAUGACUAAUUGUCGUCUUCAGGCUAGAAAUUUUAUCACACAAGAUGGUGCCAAUGGAACUAGGAGGAUGAAGCGCUUCACUUAUGCAACACCCUUGAAUGUUGUAUCUUCUGCUGGUAGCAUGAAUGACAGUAUCAAGCAGUUAACUGCUUCUGAUGUUUCUGAUUUGGAUUCAACUGCAACAUCUAGAUUCAAAAUGCCGAGGAUUGAGGCUAAUCAUUCCCUUUUGGAAGAAAUUAGGGAGGUUAAUCAGCGGCUUAUUGACACAGUAGUAGACAUAAGUAAUGAAGAAGUUGAUCCAACAGCAGCAGCAGCUGCUGCUGAAGGAACAGAAGGAACCAUUGUCAAGUGUUCGUACAAUGCUGUGGCUCUCAGUCCGAGCUUAAAAUCCCAGUAUGCUUCAGCACAGAUGUCACCAAUUCAACCUUUGCGCUUGCUUGUUCCCACAAAUUAUCCUAAUUGUUCCCCCAUACUCCUUGACAAGUUUCCAGUUGAAUCCAGUAAGGAGAAUGAAGAUCUUUCUGUGAAAGCUAAGACAAGGUUUAGCAUAUCUUUGCGAAGUUUAUCACAACCUAUGUCCCUUGGGGAGAUAGCAAGGACUUGGGAUGUUUGUGCCCGCACUGUUAUCUCUGAGCAUGCACAACAGAGCGGUGGUGGGAGUUUCAGCUCAAAGUAUGGGACAUGGGAGAAUUGCUUGACCACAUGA